AUGUACUACUUCACUUCAUUGAGUUGCUCAUUGUCAUUUCUAGAUAAGCUUCUCAAAGCCUGUAAGGAUGGUAACUCUCAUGAGGUUGAUGAAUUGUUACACAAUGAGGGAGUGAAUAUCGAUGCUACUGAUGAUGAUGGAUGUACACCACUUCAUUAUGCUUGUAAAGUCAGUAAUGAAGGAAUUGUUAAGCGUCUUAUUGAGAAAGGAGCUGAUUGGUCUAAAAUUAGCAAUGACGGGUGUACACCACUUCAUUAUGCUUGUAAGGCGGGUAAUGAAGAAAUUUUUAACCAUCUUAUUGAGAAAGGAGCUGACUGCUCUAUAAUUAGCGAUGAUGGGCGUACACUACUUCAUUAUGCUUGUGAGGGUGGUAAUGAAGAAAUUUUUAACCAUCUUAUUGAGAAAGGAGCUGAUUGCUUUAAAAUUAGCAAAGAUAAUCGUACACCACUUCAUUAUGCUUGUGAAGGGGGUAAUGAAAGAAUUGUUGGGUGUCUUAUUGGGAAAGGAGUUGAUUGCUGUGAAAUUAGCGAUGAGAAGCAUGCAUGCACACCACUUCAUUAUGCUUGUAAGCAAGGGCAUACAGAAAUUGUUAAACUACUUCUGAAGCAUGGAGCUGACAUUACUAAUUGCAAUAAUGAUGGUCUUAAUCCUCUUGAAGUUGCUGUAGAGGAAAGACAUGAGUGA